AAAAAGCUCUGUUGAAAAUGUUUGGUCUGAUGAUGCCUUAUCAAAGGAAAACAUGGUUGUCUCUGAGACAGAAGUUUUACUAAACGAGCUGGAGAAAAUGCUACAGCAAGCCCUAGAACCCACAGCAACUCCUGAUGAGUCUGAGGAAGCACAAGGAGAAGAAAUUAACACAGGAGAAAAAUUACUUAUAUGCAGCCCUGAAGCUCCUGAAGGCAGUCCGUUUCACGGCCACCAUGAAGAGGAUUAUCUUAUAAUUGAUGGGAUAAAAUUAAAAGCUGGAGAAUGUAUUAAGAAUAUAACUAAUAAAUUUAAAGAAAUAGAUGCUUUGAUGUCUGAAUUUUAGAGAAUAUACAUAUUUUCA